ACAUGUACGUGUAGCUAACACGCUUUGGGUUCUGUGGGUACGGCACGCAUUUCUGCUAUUUGUCAUUUCAUAUCAGUCUUGCUCUAGCGGCAGUUUACAUUGUAAUUUACCAAGGGAGUGUAAAGUGCGUGGAGAAAAAUUAACUGGAGCUGUUUUCCGAGUUGUCGUUGGAUCUGUGUACAUCCGUGCAGUAUUUUUAAGUGUGUGCUGGUUCCAAAAUUGGAUCAUGCAGUACUUAGUAUUCUUGCUCUGUGGAUAGACACUAAAUUUGUAAUUGGCUCAUCAAGUAUUGAUUUCGUCUGACGAAAGCCGGGCACGUACAUGUUGUAUACGGAGUUCAAAUUGCGGGAUCUACAUGUAGUACGGUACUGCACACUGCAUUAGACUUGACUGAUUCAUUCUGUACAGACUGUAGUAUUGAACCCACGCACACGUGUUGCAUGGGCCUGCUUUAUGGAUCAGAACUUAUUGUUCCCUCCUAAAACCGUAGCUUUGACUGAAGAGAAAACUCCCCCAUCGCCUUUUGUCGUUCAGUGAACCUGCAGUGCAGCUACAAAAGCCCUGCCUGAGAAGAGAGAACUUGGACCACAGAACGAGAAUUCUGAAUUGCACCUGUGUUAACCAGUGACAUGUGCGCCCACAGAAGUGAGUGACUCGGCCGCGACAGUCGGGCUAUAUUUGAAACCUCCCCCCCCCCUCAUCGACCCAGCGAUUAGCCCCUUGGCCUGGUUAGGAGGUCUCAAUCACCACCCCUGGCAAGCAGGUUAAAUGCCAAGACGGACGUCACAACCAGGGGAAGUGGAAAAUCAGGAAUAAACUUGUCUUGCUACCUAGCGCAGCAAGUCCAGAUUGGCUGAACUUGUUUCAGAAAGUCAUUACGUCCAGGUGGGAGCCAAGGAGGGGAAAUUUUGACAAGAUGGCCGUCCGGCCGAGAGCGGGAAGGAUCUUGUUUUGUGGAUUGGUGUGCUGGAUUCUGAUGCUUCUCCUUGUGGGAGGAAAUGAAGUUGCGGGCAUUCCAGCUUUAAAGCGAGUCAGACGUCAGGAUGAGGUGUUGUACAGCAGCGUGUGCGAGGGCAACACCAUGAACCUCCGUUGCCGUCCCGGCCUGCAGAUUCAGGUGGAAUCGGCCAACUUUGGACGGACAGACACCGUCACGUGUGUCAAGGGCCCCGUCAAGGUCACAAACUGCAUUCAGCCGGAAUCGUUUGCGAUCGUUGCAGCGAGUUGCGACAAUAAAAACUACUGCUCCGUACGGGCCACAAACGGUGUCUUUGGCAACCCGUGUCCAGGGACCUUCAAAUACUUGGAGGUUCAGUUUCAGUGCAUCCAACCUCCCCGGGAACCACCCACAAGGAUUACAUAUUUUCUUGUCACGCUAGCUCAGCGUCCUAAUAUUGCAACCACAAGACCCCCAACUACAACACCAAUGGUUGUCACGACGACCCCUCCCCUAAUAACAGUGGCAGUCACUCCUCCUCCUCCUAGUACAACCCCCAGACCUAAGGCUCCAACUACCGUAGUUGCUACCGAAAAACCAGUGACAUCACCACCUUCACCAUCUCCAUCCAACGACUUUGACUUCUGCCUUACAACCUACCGUCGAGAUAUCCAGUGGCCUCGGACCGCGUCAGGACAGCUCAGCGUCCAGCCCUGCCCUGAAGGAACAAGCAGAGCUGGCAGAGCAAGGUGGCAUUGUGUAGGUAGUCCAGCCAUGUGGAUUCCACAAUCUGGACCUGAUCUCAGCGGCUGUGAAUCGGAGUGGGUCGACGAAAUCAAAGAUCAGGUGGGAGCAUCUGCCAGCGAAAUCUCGGAAGUCAUCGCGAACGUCGUGGAGAGCAACGAUGAGAUCUACGGCGGAGAUCUCCUAGUGGUCACUGACCUGAUGAAGGAUUCACUCAAGAGCUUGAAAGAGGAACUGAAAGCGUUGAACCAAACUCAGAAGUUUGAAGCCUCCAAGAUAGUCACCAAGAACUAUGUGAAGAUCGGAAGCACUGUUCUUGGCGGAUCCAAGCUGGAAUCUUGGCAGGACCUCCCUGGGUUAGAGAAGACGAUCACAGCCACCAAUCUACUGUCCUCCAUUGAGGAGAGUGGGUUCCUUCUAGCCGAGAACCUGGGUUCUCAUGAAACAGUGACAAACGAGGAAGGCAAUGUUGUUUUGAAUGUGGUUGCUCAAGACGUAUCAAGCGAUGACUUCAAGGAAGUAUCGUUCCCUCACCCGUCCCAGCUGACAUCCAGUGAGUGGCAAGACGUCACUGACUCUAUCAUCAUCCCUAAGGCCAGCCUGCUGGACAGGAGCAAUGAUGGCCAGUCCAAAGUGGUCUUCCUUGCCUAUAACAACCUGGGUAGCCUUCUGGAGUCUAACAGCUUCGGCAACGAGAGCGAGAAAGACAACUACGUGGUCAACUCACGCAUCAUCUCCGCCUCCAUCGGUGACCCACGCAUCUCAUCCAAUCUUGCAGAGCCUGCUGUCAUCGUCUUUGAACACAAUAAUGUUAAUUUCUCCAGCCCCAUGUGCUCCUUCUUGAAGUUUAAGAACAGCACGGACAGCAAUGACAACACUGUCAGUCUAACCGGAGACUGGUCGGACACCGGUUGCACCAUGACGGGUACCAACGACACCCAUACCGUGUGUUCCUGCACCCAUCUGACUAACUUUGCCAUCCUAAUGAACACCAAGGGGACCCCGAUCUCCCAGAGCCAUGGAUUUGUUCUGUCCGUCAUCACCUACAUUGGUUUCAUCCUCUCCUCCAUCUGUCUGCUGCUGGCGUUCAUAACAUUCGCCUAUUUCAAAAAUCUUCAGAAUGAUCGCAACACAAUUCACAAGAAUCUCUGCGUCUGUCUACUCAUUGCUGAGAUCAUUUUCAUGGCUGGAAUCGACCAAGCAUCACGUGGGGCAAUGUGUACAGUCGUGGCACUCCUUCUACACUAUUUCUUCCUGGCCGCUUUUGCUUGGAUGUGUCUGGAGGGAAUACAACUCUACUUCAUGCUGGUUGAGGUGUUUGAAGCUGAGAGUUCCAGACGCAAGUACUACUAUCCGUUUGGAUAUGGUGUUCCAUUGUUUGUGGUCGGUAUAGCCGCAGCAAUCGACAUCGGCAGCUACGGAACUGACAAAUAUUGCUGGUUGGAAGUGGAGAAUAACUUCAUCUGGGCCUUUGUUGCUCCGGUUAUCGUCAUCAUCGUGGUGAACACCAUGUUCCUCUCCAUGGCGAUAUUCAUCAUGUGUCGCCAUAGCCCCAUGCAGACCAAUCAGAAAGAGAAGUCCAACAAAGAGAAAAUCACUCCCGUCCUCAACGAGCAAAACUUUGGAAGCAGCCAGCAGAUUGUUGGAGGAGACAACAAUAUGGGAGUUGCGGUGUCCUGGGUUCGAGGUGCCUUGGUCCUCCUUUGUCUCCUGGGUAUCACUUGGGCGUUUGGCCUCCUGUACGUCACCGAGUCUCUCCUGGUGUUUGCUUACAUCUUCACCAUCGCCAACGUCUUCCAAGGAGUCUUCAUCUUCCUCUUCCACUGUUUCAUGAAUGAAAAGGUUGUGAAAGAGUAUCGUCGCUUCAUCCGUAACAGCAUGUGGAUGCCUGAGUGGGUUCGUGACCGGUAUGGCGGCACAUUCUUCACCGGUUCCAACCAGCAACGUUCCAGUUCCUCAUCAGGGAAAAAGCGAAUCUGGAGUCAGGAGGAGAAACGUUUGAGCAAUACGACCGGCUCCUGCAGCGUGGAUCACCGCAAACUCUCCACCUCGUCCAACGGCAGAAAUUCCGGCGAGUUUUUACCAGUACGAUUCACAGCAUCUGUCCCCGAGAAGAAAAACGGAAACCAGCGUCUGUCAGAUGAAGGCAUCGGUCUUGAGAUGGAAGACGGUCAUGUGGAGAAUGGACAAAUGGCUAAAGGCAGUCCCUCCCCACCCCCAAGACGAAACCGAUGCAACCGGGAUCCCCCAGCUAGCCCUACGGAAGUCCGGCCGCUGCUUAACUCGCCCACAGAGCCUCAGUCUCCGGAUGGUCGGCCUCCACCACCGUCGUACCGAGAGUUGCCUCCACCAUCCUACCAUCGCCCAAAAAGCGGUAACUUCACCAGCCUCCCAGAUUUGGCACACACAGGACCCCCGAACACCCUCACAAAACACCCAAAAGUCACCAAGAAAGGCAGCCUACCGGAGCUGCCGCACUCGCCCUUGUUUCUAAGGACGAGAAUCGCUCGCAUGAACAGCGAUUCGCAGCGGGCCGGGCAAUGGUCCCCACUUGACGAGCAGAAUCCAAUUGACGUGGACGUCGCGGAUGAUAAUUCCGGCAAGAUUGAGUUCCUUGGGAUCACAAAUCUGUCGCCCAGACUGGAGACUCUCAUAUGAACAAUGGAGAGAACUCAUAUUAAAUGACUCUAAAAGUAAACAGACAUUUACUCCGUACUUGAAACAUUAACCUGCUGGAAUGGAAACCAUGCAGAAACUAUUCGCAAUGUGUAGAGAAAAAGCCGACGUUAUAACAACAGUAGUACAUACAAAAGUACACUAUGCUUCUUGUGUGUGCUUCCACUUCAGACAACUGUUGCUGCUUGAUUUUAAGAAACUCAGUACAAGAACUGUUGAGGGCAGGUCAACUAAUAUCUUGAACCUGAAUGCCCGGUCAAGCCCUGCCUUCAUGUGACAAUGCAUGCGCGGCAUUUGGCAUCAUUUGCCGGAGAAAAACUCAGCUCCACAAUGGAUUAUGACAAUAAUGGCAAUGAGCAUACAUGUACGGCCCUUACUUAUGCAUCAGAGAAUUUCUGUCGACUAAUAUUGGGUUGGUUGGCAUGUACCCAUUAUAGGAGUACACAAUCAUGGACUAUGGCACAGGUGUACAGGGUUGCACGCAUGGAUCCAGCAGACAUUUUGAGUGGCCUGUGCCUCACAUGUUGACAAAGAUGCCUUUCUGACUUCCAUGCUCAGACAAAUCAUGCACAUAUGUAUAUAUAGUACAUGUAGCUCUGGCUGUACCGGUAUCUAAUCGCAUAUAACUGUACCCCACGGUUCACUACGCAGUAUACAAAGAUGUACCCCCGGUAUAAUGUACAUACGUACUGUACAUGCAUGGUAAGACGCAGCGCGCUGGACAGCUAGCAGAACCUCAUGGACAGGUUUCAAGAGCCCUGCGUCAUUUUGCCUAUUUAUGUAUGUGUGUCAAUGGUUUUGAAUGAAGUACUAAUCUUGUAAUUAUUUGUUUGUUGGUCUUGUAGUUGGGGUGUUUGUGUCAUAUCAAGAAGUUGAUUUUCCUUUGUUUAUCUUGUCUUCUCGGCUUACUGGUCAAUUGUAUAAAAAAGAAUUCCUAAAACUAGAAAAAAAGAUUAUUUCAAGAAAUGUUCUUGUCUCACUCCCUCGAAACAAUUUCUAGGGAGUCAGACAAGAGAAAACAUUUCUUGAAACAAGAAAUAUUUUUCUUAUAUUAAGACUUGUAAGAAAAUCAUUUUUAGCGGGAUCAGGGUUCGCCUUAACUUGUUUUUUUGCUAGUCAGCCAGACUCAUGAAUCAGACUCUUAUCUGUAGUGCGCAGGCCUUUUUACUAUUCCGCAAAAUAAUGUUUAAAUUUUUACACCAGAAUUUCAUAAACAACAAUGUUAUUUACAAUAAUUUUGACUCUCAAGGAUGACUACUUAGCAAUGGUUUUGACUAGUCCACCGCUGCUUUUACCCGCAUUUGGCCAGCAGAUAACCGUUGAAGGUCCUACCCUGUAUGAUCCUUGCAGUUUAUUUAAUCCGUGACGAGGAGUUUGCGGUUUAACAGAGAAUUUCCUUACAAGUUUUUUUCUGCACUUGGAUUUCAGUUUUGCUUUAAUCCUGACUUUUACAUGCGAUAUUGUAAAUUGCAAAUUACACUUUUUGUUUGCUGUGAUAUUAAUGCACGUAAAAAAAUAAUGGAAUUCAAUGCCAUGAAAGAAAAUGGCAACGGAGUAAAAUCAAAUCUUUAAAAAGACAAAAAAAAUUGUAAUUUUGCUACUUUCGUUGGCCACAAGAGCCUAGAAAAUUGAAAUAGAUCAUUCCUGGUCAUAGAAUGAAGUUGUAAAUUGUGAAAUUGUAAAUGUGAUUUGACUUGUUGAAAGAAAAAAAAAGUCUUGUAAAUUUGUUAAUAAGCUGGUCUUAUUAAAAAAAAGAAAUACCAUGAAUGCUUUUCGAGUGCUAUAAGCACUUGAAGUUUAGCACUAGCGGAAAACUAGAAAUGAUUGUAUAUUGGUAGAAGAUUUGUGUAUUCCUUCCAAGGUAUGAAAUAAAGGACUGUAGAUUUCACUAAAAAUGGCAAAAAAUAGAUAAAUUAAAGAUAAAAGUAGUUUAGAGAUAAGAAUAUGGUUCAUGGUUGUAUAUUGGAGAAAAAAAAUGUUUUUAUCAGUUUGAAAUGUUCAGAUUAACUUUCCUUGACCGUUGAUGAAAAAAAUGAAGAAGUUUGUAUUGAUUUGUUUUGCAAGCCAGCUUUAGCUAUUCCUGAUGUUAUUCCCUGCUGUAAUAUUAAAUUGUGUUGUGUAUAUGGACAUAGUACGCAUGGUAACUGUUUGCAUUUAGAACUACCAAAUUUAGAGCAUCAGCUGUUGGCAACAAUUAUUUUUGUUUUUCAAAAACCUUGUUUGCAAUUAAGAUAAUAAUAAAACAAAAAACAAUACCUUUUUCGCUGAUAUUGAAAAAAAAAGCCAAUAAAAUAGUCCUCACUUUGCCAAUGUACAUGUAGAAUCUAGCAGAGGUCUACCCUGGGAAUGUCCAUUGUAUAAUCAGACCUAGACGCAAAAUCUCUAGAUUCUUGCCUUAGUGAUAUUUUUUUUCCAAUGUAUAAAGGUGUACAGUGCAGGUGAAGUUAUUACAUGAAUGUAAAUUUAGUGUCUACUGACUAGUUCAAUGCAGUUCAUACUCAAAAGGUGCUUAGACAUUUUAAUGUUUUGGAUAUUUUGCUUUAUGCUUGUUGUUUUCACUUUUGACCGUGUGUUGAAAUGUUGAGUCCCUUAUGAUGUCUUCACUUUGUUUUGUUUUUUGUUUUGUUUUAGGAACAAAGCAACACUUAGACAGUCAAAAUUGCUCUCUGAAGCUUCAUGUAAAUGUAUUUUCACAUCACAGUUACAUGUAAUUUAAACAAUCUUGUAAUAUACAUUAGUUACAAUAUAAUAAUUGAUAAUUCUUUGCUCUUUUUGAAACAAUUAUGUACACAACAGAAUCAACUUGUUAAUUUCAUCUUAUAAAACACAAAAGAUUGUCGAAUUUGCAGAGUAGUGUUUAUGCAACAGGACUGGGCGCAAGCAAGAUUUUUAGGAUUAAACUGCUAAAAACAAUGGUGUUAAAAUAGGAAAAAAUUUGAAGACAUUUCUUGUGCUGUUCUUUGAGUGUUCUUGGGAGUUAACAAGAGUACAUGUUUUUCCAUUGAAAGACCACUGUUUUAAAUUGCCAAAACUGUUUAAUUAAGUAACAAGCCUUGAUUUUGAAAUAAAUUUGAUAAUAACAAUACAUGUAGCAAUGAGUUCCAUAUUUAAAGUAAGAUUAAAGAUGAUAUCAAGACAUAA